AUGCACGAGAAAUUGCAGUCGGCGAGAGAGACUACCAACACUUCCGUACCUCCGCGAUCGGCGUUGCCUUGGUCGUACUCGCGCCUCAAGUUUACGAGUCGCGAGGCUGAAAGCAAGAAGUCAUCCGCGCCCGCGUUAAGCACUCACUCUUCCCUGUUGACCUCCGGCGAGCCGGACGACUACCCAGGAGGCCGCAAUCACCAAAUCUUCUGCUCCGCCUCCACCUCCACUAUCUCUGCGUUCCCCUCCUCGGCCGGCGAGAUCACGUGCUCCGCCGGCCUCCCCGCCGCACCGCCGAACAAACACAUCUUGACAACUGCGACACUCAAUCGAAUGUACCCUGUUCUGCUGCCCGUCGACUUUACCCUGCCUAUUCCUUUUUGGCUGGGCUAUCCUGGCCUGGAAGCACGUCGUUAG